AUGGAGUCUUUGCUUCGAUUGACUUUUUGUGAAAGUUUUAUUCAAAGAACGGGUCAAGUGGUGGCCAUUUGUGAGGCCAUCCAUUCGCGUAUCGCUGGCGGACGUCUCGCUCAUAUGAAAGAACGCAAUCAGAAUUGGGCGCUAUUUAUCCCAAACGACUCGCGUAUGCCUCGACUGCGGAUCCCAAUGAAUACCUGUCCCCCGGAUUUUUUUCAUCACUCGCAACACUACAGUCAAAGCCUAUUUGUGGCACAAUUGCACGAAUGGAAGACAACCGAUCACUUCCCCAGUGGUGUACUUCUCAAGCAUUUGGGAAAUUCUGGAGAUAUUGAGGCCGAAAGUGAAAUGAUUUUGACUGAAAAUCAGAUAGAAUUCGACGAGUUUCCAAAUGAGGCACUCUUUGGGUUACCAAACAUUGUUGACGACGAGUGGAACGAUUCCGGAAAUCAAUGGCAUAUUCCUGAGAGAGAAUUGCAAUACAGACGCGAUUUCCGUAAUGAGUGUGUCUUCACAAUCGAUCCGUCGACAGCCCGUGACUUAGACGACGCCCUUUCCGUCAAACGGCUAAAUGACGGCAACUUAGAGAUCGGUGUCCACAUCGCAGACGUCUCUUAUUUUGUCAAAGAAGGCAUGCCUUUGGAUGAGAUCGCGAGAAGAAGAACCACUUCUGUAUAUUUAGUCCAAAAAGUGAUACCAAUGUUACCGCGAAUUCUUUGCGAACGAUUGUGUUCUUUGAAUUCGGGAGAAGAAAAGCUCACUUUUUCUGUCGUUUGGAUUAUUGAUAAAAGUGGCGAUAUUUUAGAGGAAUGGUUCGGACGAACAAUUAUUAAGUCAUGUAUUAAAUUGAGUUAUGAAUUGGCUCAAGACAUGCUGGACCAGCCCAACAGGCAGUGGCAACCCUACGAAUUGCCCACAAUUCACGGCCGAUGGUCUGCGCAACAAAUAUCCGAAAGCGUUAACCUUUUGAACGAAAUUGCAGUGAAAUUACGGAAACAUCGUUUCGAAAGCGGAGCCCUAAAGAUCGAUAAACUGAAGUUACACUUCAUUUUGGACAAGGAAUCGGGCCUUCCGUCCGGUUUCACUCCUUAUGUUUAUAAAGAUUCCAAUCGAUUGAUCGAAGAGUUCAUGUUAUUGGCGAAUAUGGCGGUCGCGCACCGCAUAUACAAGAAGUUCGAUGAGAAAGCAUUCCUCCGAUGCCAUCCCCAGCCAUCAGAGAAUGGGAUCAAAGACUUUAACUACUUUUGCAAAUGCAAUGGCUUUCAAGUGGACACUUCCACUUCGCUCACUCUUCAGCGCACAUUAGAAGCGAUUGUUAACAACGAUGAGAACAUAUCGAGAGUUGUGGCCAACUUUCUAUUGAAGGCUAUGCAAAUGGCCACCUAUUGCUGUCCCGGAAUGCAAUCCAGUGGCCAGACGUUACACCACUACGCCCUCAAUGUCCCACUUUAUACACACUUCACAUCUCCGAUCAGACGAUAUGCCGAUGUUAUUGUUCAUCGACUCCUAUCGGCAUCGCUUUCCUAUACACCAGAAAUUAGUGAUUCGAUGAAAGAUUUGCACCGUUUGGCCAAAACAUGUAAUGACAAGAAGUUGAGCGCCCGAUUGGCCAGUGAAUCGAGUUCUCGACUCUUUCUCAACAUAUAUGUCAAACAUAUCGGCAAAAUGGAAACCAAAGGAAUUGUAGUCCAAGUGUUUGACCAUUCAUUUGACGUUAUGGUCAUCAAUUGUGGCACUAUUUGUAGGGUAUAUUUGAAUCAAUUGCCACUUAAAAAGUUCACUUUUGAGACAACACAUGGUAAAAAUCAGCUCAUUUUGGAGUGGACUGACAGCACGCGUAGUCCAUUGACAAUAACUGCGUGUCUUAUGGUUGGCAUACAGGUGUCCAUCAAUGAGGAUGACAUCACUAAACUAAACGCUGUUCUCCGGCACCCGAAUUGAAAUAUCGUACAAAAACUCAGUCUUUCAGCGAUAUAUUGAAAAAUCAAUAUUUGAUUUAUUACUCAAUCUAUUUAUAAUGAAUUUAUAUUUAAUAUAUUAUGCAUUCAUUUUAAAUAUAAUUAAUUUAAUUGUAUAUUUUAAGUCAGAUUUGUUUUUUCCCAUGAAUUUGUUUUGAAAAUAAAUAUAUUUUCGUAUCAA